ACACCUAAUCCACAAUCUUAUCAAUUGUCACGUUAUCAGCACCGCUGAGAGGAAACGUCUGGCCCACGUCUGCACUGUGUGGGGAUUUGUUAGAGGAAAGGGCAAAAGCCUCACAAGAAAUGGACUGUGAAAUCCGCUGGCUGCUCUGAAAUAAUUGUUUUAUCUGCUGGUUUGGCCCGCGGAGAGCUGCUGUUUGUCCUCUGAAUCGGGGAUGAACUCCGUUUGAACUUGGCUCGCAGUAAUUCUUCACCGUGUCCACGUCUCUCCGACCAACCUCAAGCCCUCAUGUACAGCAGCGGCUACUCCCAGGUGUCCAAGUACAGCCCGGAGGCCCGAAAGAAGAUGCAGUACCACUCCAAGGGCAAAGGCUGCGGCUACUACAUGCGCAUCGUCUUCUUCUUCUCGUCGCUCAUUCAGUCUCUCAUCAUCGUCAGCCUGGUGCUCUUUCUGGUCUACGGCAAGACACAGGACUCGGCGUCCACGGCGCGAAUCCAGGACCUGGAGGAGAGCUUCAGCCGGCUGUCCAUAGAGAACGUGGCCCUCAGGCAGCAGAGGAAGAACCUGACCAACCUACUCAACCGGACCCUGACCGAAAAGGCUCGCAAUGACUUCGACCUUAGCAAGCUGCGCUCCGUCUGCAACAUGUCGGUCCUGUUCUUUCAGGACUACGAGAGAAGGCUGCAACAGUGCAACAGCGAGGUGCAGUCCUGCAGGUUCAGGUGUCUGUCAGCCCCCAGCCCAGCCAUACAUACUGUGCUUCCAGGCGGCUGUAACUGUGGGCUGCUGACUGAGCGGCUGAAAGCCCAACUUGAGCUCAUGGCGUCCAACUUCACCCAAACGGUGCAGAGGGUGAGGAUGGAAAUGAACCAGAUCUCUAGAGAGAGAGACAACCUCAACCUGGAGACCAUCCGUCUGCGGCGGGACAAAUCCACGCAAGAGAAGGAGCUGCAGUUCUUCAGGCAAACCUCCAAAGAUGAGUUCUCCAUGUCCAUGAGCUCCGUCUUCAACGUCUCCAGGGCUUUCCUGACCAAGAUCGACUCUCUCUUCCCUGCGUACAUCAAAUUCCAGGUGUCCUGUCCCAAGCAGAGGGAACACCUGGAGCAGAUCCGCACCAACUGCACCAGCCUGUCCAGGGAGGUGGAGGACAAGCUGCAGCGCUACCUGGACGUGGUGGGGAACCACGUGUCGGACAUUCAGUCUGAGAGCAUCCGCUUGAAGGCAGAAAACUGGCGACUGACAGAGGACUACCGCUGGUGCAGCCAGAACCGGACGGGCCUGAUCGUGCAGAACAGGCAGAACUUAGAGAAGCUUCAGCAGAAACAUGAUCAGGAGAAGGAGAGGCUCCUGAUGGAGAAGAUGAGGAUGACCGGAGACAUUGAUGUGCUGCAAAACACCGUCAGAUACAAGAGUAGAGCGGUCGACCACCUGACAGAGCAAGUGAACCAGCUCAACAUCUCCUGCAUGGCCAAGGCGGGCUUCGGUGGGUACUCAGGAGGUCUGGCCUCUCUGCCCAACACCCAGAGUCAGUCUAGCUGGAAACCGUUCAACACUGGUGGAUCCAGCUCCUCAUCCAGCUCUUCCAGUUCGGGUCAGAUUGGUAGGACCGGGUCAAACGGGUUCGGUUCAAACAUUGGCUUAUCUGGGUCAUCAUACAACAAGCCUGGAUCAUCCUCUUCAGGUUCCAGCCCAAGCCUGAGCUCCUCUGGCUCAGGAUAUAAUAAGCCUGGAUCAACUGGGGGAGGGCUCUCAAGCUAUGGAUCAGCAGCGUCUAGUCCAAACCUUAGCUCAGGCGGCUUUGGUUCAGCGCAGAAUUCAAGAGGCUCAUCAUCAUCCUCCUCAUCAUCCUCAUCAUCAUCAUCAUCAUCAUCUUCAUCAUCAUCCUCCUCAUCAUCCUCAUCAUCAUCAUCAUCAUCAUCUUCAUCAUCAUCCUCAUCAUAUGGGUCAACAGGGUCAAGUUCGAGCUCAAAUAAGCCAACGUCAAAUGAAAAACCCUCCACAGGCAUUGGGUUUGGGUUUGGGUCAUCAUCUCGGUCAUCAGGGUCAACUGGGUCAACUGGGUCAACUGGAUCGACUGGGUCAACUGGCUCUAGUGGGUCAUCUUGGUCUAGUGGGUCAUCUAGGUCAUCUGGGUCAACUGGAUCGACUGGGUCAACUGGAUCAACUGGGUCAACUGGAUCAACUGGGUCAAGUGGGUCCUCUUGGUCAAGUGGGUCAUCCGGGUCAAGUAGAUCAUCUGGGUCAACUGGAUCGACUGGGUCAACUGGAUCAACCGGGUCAACUGGGUCGACUGGGUCAUCAAGCAGAACGGGGUCAAGCAGCUCUGGAUUUUCCUGGUUUGGAAACUCAGGACAAAGUAAACCAGCAAGUGUACCAGGCAGAGGAACGUCCAGCAGUGGAACCGGAUCUUCAACCGGAGCAGGAAGGACGAGCGGUCUGGCAGGUGGCCCAGGCAGCGUAUCUCAGCACCUCCAGGAGCUGCAGCGCCUGAUCAACCCCGCCAGCCCACAGGAGAAGCAGGAUCUCUCCAGGAUGCUGGGUUAAUCUGACCGUCUUUUAUAUUCCAUUACGUCUAUUAUACUGACUCCACUCACUGUCUAUCAACAAAUGUACUGUAUGAUGUGCACUGGUUCUGUUUGAUAUGUAUGUAUUAAAGUAAAUUGAAUAACUUUGACACUUUGGAAUGUAAAAUGUGAAUCUCGUGUCGUAUGCAUGCAUGAAUAAUGGCCUACAGUAUUUUCUACGUUGUGAAUACAUGAAAUAAAAUUGUAGUUUAACAUGAA